UUUUUUUUCGUAAUUCUUUUACCAAUUAAUAAAAGUUUUCUAGCAUAAUCCGACCUAAACCUGUGACGAGUGAGUGAGAUUGAUCCGUAGAUAAUGUUGAUAAUUAUCCCAUUCAUGUUGACUUCACAGUUUUCAGGCUUGAACUGGUUUUGGAGUUGUCGUUGGUUGAUCCGAACUUUGUAAAUCGGCUAAUCGGAAAAUCCCCAACAGCAUAGUUGUUGCGUGCUUUGGAGGAUCAAUUGAUUGAUUCAGCAAAACUGAAUAUUAGUUAACAGCAAUGGGAAAUCUUUUGUGUUGUGUGCAAGUUGAGCAAUCUACAGUGGCUAUCAAAGAAAAAUUUGGACGAUUCGAGGAGGUGCUUCAGCCAGGAUGCCAUUGCAUGCCAUGGUUCUUCGGGAAACGACUUGCUGGUCAUCUCUCUCUUCGACUACAACAAUUGGAUCUUCGGUGUGAGACCAAGACAAAGGAUAAUGUCUUUGUUACUGUUGUUGCUUCAAUUCAAUACCGUGCCUUGGCAGAGAAGGCCAAUGAUGCUUUUUACAAACUUAGCAAUACAAAGUCCCAAAUUCAGGCAUAUGUUUUUGAUGUAAUUAGGGCAAGUGUUCCAAAGCUCAACUUGGAUGAUGCUUUUGAGCAGAAAAAUGAAAUUGCCAGAGCUGUGGAGGAAGAACUUGAGAAGGCUAUGUCAGCUUAUGGGUAUGAAAUUGUUCAAACACUGAUUGUUGAUAUAGACCCAGAUGAGCAUGUGAAGCGAGCUAUGAAUGAAAUCAAUGCUGCUGCAAGAUUGAGGGUGGCAGCAAAUGAGAAGGCAGAGGCAGAGAAGAUCUUGCUAAUUAAACGAGCAGAGGGUGAGGCUGAAUCUAAAUAUCUCUCUGGGUUGGGUAUUGCUCGCCAACGUCAAGCAAUUGUGGAUGGAUUGAGAGACAGUGUGCUUGGAUUCUCGGUCAAUGUACCUGGGACGUCUGCAAAAGAUGUUAUGGACAUGGUCCUGGUCACUCAGUAUUUUGACACCAUGAAAGAAAUUGGUGCUGCCUCCAAGUCUUCUGCUGUGUUCAUUCCACAUGGACCUGGUGCUGUUCGCGAUGUUGCUACCCAAAUUCGUGAUGGCCUUCUUCAGGCUUCUCAUCAGUAGCUUCUUCUACUCCUCCAAGAUCUUAUAUUUCGUUUGCAUGGGAGAAUGGUGAAGCUAUAGCACCUGUGGUUAUAUACUUGUGUUUCUGUGCAGUGUUUUGUGAUUUGGUUUUAGAAUAAACUGCUAAAUUGAUUCUCCAAAAACUAUAACAUCAACUGAUUAAUCUUGUAAAGAAUUUUGCCUUCAAAUUAGUCCCAAAAUAUCUGAGACUUACCAACCUUUGUUCUAAAAUUAGUCUUUGAUUUGUAUCCUUAAGGGAUUGAUUUGUUGGCCAAAAUCUUUGCAUGAUCAUUUUAAGGACUUCAUUUUUCUUAUUUUUUUUAUUUAUACUUUCAGACAGUCAAGUAAAUACUGUGUAUUCUGUUGUCUGGAUAGUGGAAGUUGCACAUAAAUUUCUUACA